AUGGCGCAUGGACGAAUUUUGGGUGCUAACGAAAAUGUGGACAUAGCCCAACUUCCAAAGGAGCUCGAAAUUCAAAAAUUUCCCAAGACGGACGAGCAGGCCUCGCGUCUACACAAUGCAAUACAAAGUACUCAACUGUUUAAGGAUCUUAACGAAAGUGAAUUGAGCGCUUUGUUUGAUGCGAUGUUCGAAGUCCAGGUCCACGCUGGUGACAAAAUAAUCAAGUGUGGAGAGGAUGGGGAUAAAUUCUACGUCGUUGACUCAGGGAAAUUCUACGCUGAGAUCAAUGAGGAUGGAGUGAUUAAGCGCGUUGCUGAAUAUGACGGCUCUGGAUCUUUCGGUGAACUUGCCUUACUAUACAACACGCCAAGAUCAGCCACGGUCACGGCCGAGACGUCAGGGACUUUGUGGGCUCUCGACAGGAGCAGUUUCAGAGCCAUCAUUUUCAAUAGCGCCUACUUACGUCGGCAAUGUUUUGAGGGCUUACUUGAAAAAGUUGACAUUUUGAAAUCUCUUUCCCCCUAUCAGCGGUCUCAGCUGGCGGACGCCUUCCAAACAAAGACAGUUGGCCCAUCAGAAAUAAUCAUCAAGGAAGGCGAACCCGGAAAUGAGCUUUUCUUUAUCAACAAGGGAUCUGUGCAAGUAUAUCGGGAGGAUGGCGACAAAAUGGUCGACCUUGCAGAACUAAAGGAUGGCGAAUACUUUGGUGAAGUUGCUUUGAUUAAAAAGCAACCUAGAGCAGCGACGGUGGCGGCAAAGACGCCCGUUGAACUAGCAGUCCUGGAUGCUGAUAACUUUGAGAGAAUUUUAGGCCAGACUAAGGAUCAGCUGAUGAAUCGAAUUGACAGCUACAGCCGUUAA